UGUAUCAGUUUAAAUUCAAAUACGGUGAUGACGGUCCUGCCAUGGAUUUUGUGAGUAGCCACAUAGAUAUUAAGACAAGAGUGAGCAAUGAAGAAAUUAAGAAAACUAGUGUUUUGUUGCUCCGUAAACUGUACAUCUUGAUGCAGAACCUGGGACCUCUUCCGAAUGACGUCACUUUAACAAUGAAACUUUUCUACUAUAAUGAUGUGACUCCAGAUGACUAUCACCCCUCAGGAUUUAAAAAAGACAAAUCAAUGAGCAGCUUAACAUUUGAGGGGGACCCAGUUCAUCUGAAGGUGGGGGCACUUACUACAGGAUUCCAUAGCAUGAAGGUGAAAGUGACUACAGAGAGUGACAGAGUGACAGCAAUGGGAGAGGAAUUGGUGCAGGAGAAGAGCACUGAAAUUUCACAUCGAGGUCUUGACUGUGAUGAAGAAGAGGAGGAAGAAUGUGUGAAUUUGUGCACCCUGGUAAGCAGAAAUGAUCCAGAAAGGAAGACAGAAGUUGCUGAAAGAACAGAAUAUGAUGCUGAUGCUUUUUGGACAAAUGAAGAAGAAAGGAACACAGUCAAUCCAACUAAGGUUAAUUCUGCAAACCUUAUAGAGACAAAAAAGACAAAAAGCAUAAUACACCGUGAAGAAGAAAAUCAACAGCCUGAAGAAGGUCCCACAUUGCUAGAAGCUUUGAAAACAUCUAGAAAUGAUGAUAACAAUGACCAGUCUACAUUGGAUUUUUCCUGCAGUCAAGAUGGAAGAAUUGCACAAAAGAGACGGAAGGUUAGCGUCCCAGUGAGAAACUAUGAGCCAUAUAAUUAAUUUUUAUAACCUGCUGUGUCAAAAUGUUUGUCUUCUCGUACAUGUCUAUGAUGACAUUUUUGAUCUGAUUAUAAAAUAUUUCUUGUGGCAACGAAUAGUUUACUGUUGAAGUGAAAUGUGAUCUUUCAAUUUUUCAUUAAACAAGACCAUUAUUGUUUAUAAUCUAGUUAUAUUACAAUUAGUCAUACUCUAGUUAGAUUAUAUUAAUAUUAAAAAUGCUAUUAGAAGUUGUAGGAAUGCUUGCUAAUGUUAGAGGUUUUCACAGACCACAUGAAAAAGCAGUUGUCUUUUUAUAGGACCUAACACCGUAAAAUACUGAUCAGAUUUUAUGUUAGACACAAGGAGUUUAAACUAAAAUGGUAUGUAUGUUGAGAGCUAGCAGAGCAUGGAAAAUUUUAUAAAAGUGUAUGUACAGUUCUUGCUAUCAACAGCCUUAUACAGUGCAAUAGACCAUCUCAAAAAAGGGAAAAACGUCUGUCAAUUGUAAACUAUUCUUUUUACAUUUUAAUGCUGCUGUUAUCUUCUCAGAUAACGGUACUUUGUGUCACAGAAUUCCCAUCUGCUAGUACAGAAUAAAUGGCUUGUUUGCUGCCUCCCUAGUCUGGUGGUUAGUUACAUUCUCUUCCCCGUCUGGAUAUUACAUACUACUUUCUGCUAGCCCAGUCCUCAUUUUCUCUACAAUCUUAAUCUUUUAGAUGCCUAUAUUCACACAGGGUCUCUAUCCACGGAUGCAUUUUAUAUGCCUGUUGAUAAACUGGUGGAAACAUUAACAUCUCUUUAUAAACAAUGUAAGCCCAUUUCCAUUUCUGAAUCAGGAUCACUUUGGGUUGCUACUGUUAGAAUUAUGGGGUUUCAUUGAUGGUCAAAGAAUGGCUGCAGCCUUCCAAAUGCAAGAUUUGAAGCUGCUCAAUGCCACUUCCACCUGUCCCUCUCCUCCUGAUAACUUAUUGCAAUGCUCAGUAUUUCCCUGUGCACAUCUGUCCCACCACAAUCCAAAUCCAUAACCCAUAUCUUCAUCAGUGCAGUAAAUGUUACUUUUUGUGUCAGGUUGCUGACAUCAGUGACAUUUUUAAUAUAGCAGUUUGUUUCAGUUUUUUGGUUUAGUUGUCUCUCUUCCCUUUCAGUGUAAAAUGUAAACUGAUAAUGAGAGCACUAUAAUUGAUUCAGUGCUUGCUGUAGCAAACUCUACUAAUUAGAAGCAUAGUUUACUGAAUUCUGUAAAUCAAUCUCACUUGUUUGUAGUACCUGGAAUUGAUUUCUGGGAGUUGUGGCAGGAGGUGCAUUUUCUCACAUGGGAAUUACAGUGGUCUUCCCUUCUGAGUAGCAAACUGCUACAAUAGUCACAGUAAAUCUGUGCAAGUGUGUACACACAUGCAUAUAUAUAAUAGUGUAUAUUUGGUUGCUCUGUCCUUAAAUACUGUUUGCUUUAAAGUUAUGAAAGUGAGUCUUACAUUGCAAAAAUAAUUAGAGAAAAACAGAUCAUGUUGUCACUAUCACACACCCUAGGUUCAGGCAGUGACCAGCACCAAGCAUAUUGCUGUCAUCUGAAGGAUAAAACAGAAAAUGAAAAAAAAUGAUGCUCACAGUAUUUAUUAGGAAUGAAACUCACAAAGCUUCUGCCAUCUCAGAUGCACUCUGGAUCUUCUUGUUAGCAUCCACAGUGGCAGAUAAAAAAUUGCUAUAAAUUUAAUCUAAUAUUGUGGACAGAGAGUAUUACUGAAAGAAUAAUCUUUGUUCUGUUGUUUAUUUUAACUCAGGUUGUAGUUCUUACUGUAUUUAUAUUUUGUUAAUCUUCUUUUAUUUAAUUUCAUAAUAACUACAAAUAACUAAACAGUCAUAAAAAGCCUUACUGAAAGUCAAAAUGCUAAUAAAAGUGUGAAGUAAAGCAA